AUGUCGAUAGGCGAGGAGCACGACGGGGUCGAAGAGGAGGCGCAGGUGCAGGAGCAGCAGCAGCAGCAGCAGCGGGCAUUUACGGUCCUCUAUGGCACGCAGACGGGCAAUGCGCAGGACGUGGCGACACGCAUCGCGCGGCAGGCCCGCCGGCGGCGGAUCCACGUUGUCGUCAAGAGCAUGGACGAGUACGACGUGACGGACCUCAUCGCGGAGCCGCUCGUCUUUCUCGUCCUCUCGACGACGGGCCAGGGCGACUUCCCGCCCGCCGCGCUGCGCUUCUGGCACUUUUUGCUGCGCGCCGACCUGCCGCCAGACAUUCUCUCUGAGGUCACCUUUGCCACCUUUGGCCUCGGCGACACGUCGUACAAGCGCUACUGCUGGCCGAUCCGCAAGCUGGGCCGCCGCCUGCGCGGGCUCGGCGCCCAGGAGCUCCUGCCCGGCGCCGAGGCCGACGAUCAGCACUUUCUCGGCAUCGACGGCGCCCUCCAGCCCUGGCUCGAGCAGGUCUGGGACGUCCUCGACCAGGUCAUGCCCCUGCCCGACGGCGUCGACGCCAUCCCCGACGAUGUUCUGCUCGAGCCCGAGAUUGCCGUCAGCCUCGCCGAGGGUCCCCGUGCCUCGUCGUCGUCGUCGCCGUCGUCGUCGUCGUCGUUACCAUCGUCGGCCAAUGGGAUAGCCUCGUCGUCGUCGCCCGUUUCGAAAGAAGAAACAGUCAGCCUGCCUGAAGGGUGGCAGUGGGCCACGCUGACCAGGAACGAGCGCAUGACGGCGCCAGACCACUUCCAGGACGUGCGUCUACUCUCCCUCCAGGGCGAGGGCAAAGGGCUCGCAUACGCGCCCGGAGACGUCGUCUCGCUGCGGCCAGCGAACCUGGCGCCGGACGUGGACCGCUUCCUCACCCGCAUGGGCUGGCUUGCCCUCGCCGACGAGCCGCUCGCCUUUGACCCGCACCCGCCGCCGCUGCCGCCCGGCUGCCCCUCUCGGCCGACGCUGCGCGAUGUAUGCGUCCACCACCUCGACUUUCUCUCGGUGCCCCGCCAGUCGUUCUUCGAGGCCAUUCUGCCCUUUAGCAAGCCCGGCUCGCUGCAGCGCGAGAAGCUGCAGGAGUACGUGACCCCCGGCGAGGGCGCCGACGACAUGUACGAGUACGCCCAGCGGGUCCGCCGCACCAUCCUCGAGGUCCUCGAGGAGUUCACCGACGUGGCCGUGCCGCUGCGCCACGUGCUCGACGUCGUGCCGGCCAUGCGCGCCCGCGACUUUUCCAUCGCCUCGGCCCCGCAGCGGCACCGCGGCGGCGAUAGCGGCGGCGAGGGCGGCAGCAAUGGCAAAGUCGAGGACAACGGCGACGGCGACGGCGACGGCGACGGCAAAGGCAACACCCUCGAGCUGGCCGUGGCGGUGGUGCGCUAUCGCACGCGGCUCAAGGCCCCGCGCCGCGGUGUGCUGACCCUCUACCUCGCCAGCCUCGAUGCGCCGGUGCGCGUGCCCAUCCAGCUCAAGCGCGGCACCUUUCGCCUGCCGUCGUCGUCGUCGUCGUCCUCCUCGCCGCCGUGCAUCUUUGUCGGGCCAGGCACGGGCAUCGCGCCGAUGCGCUCCCUGCUCCUGGCGCGCCUUGGCUCUGCGCCCACCGUAUCACCGCAGCAGCAGCAGCAGCAGCCGCAGCAGGGGGCCGAGGAUCUCGUCUUUGCCGGAUGCCGGUACGCGGCCAAGGACUUUCUCUUUGGGUCCGAGCUGCGCCAGCUCGCGGCAGACGCGCGCCUCGGCGGCCUCUUUCUCGCCGCCUCGCGCGACGCCGCCGCGACUUCUGGCGCUGGUCAGAAAAGUGCGACGACGACGGCGGGGAAGUUCUAUGUGCAGGACGCGAUCCGGGCGCAGGGCGCGCGCGUGCGGCGCCUCGUUCUGCACCGCGGCGCGUGGGUGUUUGUGAGCGGGAGCAGCGGCAAGAUGCCAGAGGCGGUGCGCCAGGCCGUCGUCGAUGUUCUUGCCUCGGCUUCUUCUUCAGAGGAAGGGGAAGAGGACAACGGCGGCGAAGGAGGAGAGAACGAGCAGGCGCUGGGCCAGGCGGCGGCGGAGGCGUUUGUGGCGACGAUGGAGCGCGAGGGCAGGUGGCAGGAGGAGUGCUGGUCCUGA